CUAAUGGAUUAAAACGUCAUAUUUUGCCGAUAGAUGGCGUAUUACCCUAUUAUCGCCCACGAACGGUCUCUUGGAUACGCUAAACAAUUACUGUGAAAAUGAACAACUAUGGCAAAUUUUCGCUGAAUAAGCUUAAAUUAGAAUUACAAAAACGCGGUGCUCGGACACAAGGCCGAAAGGAAGUACUAAUACAAAGAUUGGAAUAUUAUGACCAGAAUGAAAACUUUAGGGCUCCAGCUGUCAUCAUGGAAGAUACUAUCCCCAUUGAGAAAUGGCCUGAAUCUGGGUUCAAAUCGCUCUCGUCACAGCACAAGAGUCAGCUGCCAAACAUCACCAAUGAUAUCAUCAAGGCGUACUUCAUAUCCCGGCUCUCAACAGACAAUAUGGAUGUCAGUGAUGCUGCGUCGCUAAAAAAGGGCAGAGCCCUACUUAAGAGCAGCUUCAUAUCUGCGUGCAGUGUAAAUGUUGAGGAUGAGGCAUUUGUUUUCUUUUCUGGGCUGACCAAUGCAGCAAUGAAGAAGAAGGUAUCCUACAACUUCCAAAUCAGACUUUCUAGAACUACAGGUGUGAUCCUUAAUAGCAACUGUGAAUGCCCCGCUGGGAAAGGACCCCACGGAACUUGUAAGCAUGUGGCAGCAGUACUCUAUAUGCUGGUGGACUUCGUGGCCACUGGGAAGGCCAGUGUGACCCUGAGCUGCACUGAAAAGCUUCAGACAUUUCACAAACCCAAGAAGGGUCAUUCAGGUUCUCCUAUGAAGGCUGAAUCAAUGGGUGCUCGAAAGCGCAAGGAUGUGUUAAAAGAUCCACGUCCCUUGAAGUUCAGAAAUCGAGAUG